AUGGCUCCAUCGGCUAUGGAACUGCCUGCUGAUUUCCUGGCCGGCAAAACAAUCCUCGUGUCAGGGGGUGGCAUAGCUGGAUUGACCUUUGCCGCUGCGAUUGCCCAAACAUUUCCUGCGAGUUCCUCGGGGAGACAAAGACCCCAAGUCAUCAUAUACGAGCGAGAUAGCUAUGAGAACCGUAUCGGACGUGAAGGGUAUAGUCUAUCUUUGAGAACAGACAACGAUCCCGGUGCUGUUCAGGUCUUGGAUUCCCUAGGAUUGUAUGAUCUUGUAAGGGGCGUGAGUGUCAAGGCUGGGAGAACUCCAGAAGAGAGUGGUUUCUUCAACCUUUGGGAUCCUCAGUUUCGCCCCUUUUUGCGUCUCGCGACGCCACCAAUCGGGCCAAAAAUCCUGCUCGGCAUGAGAAUUCGCCGUAACGCUCUGCAGAAAGUUCUCGCCGAAGCCGCUAUAGAGUCGGGAGCCCAAAUCCACUGGGAAACGACUGUGACGGAGGCAGAGGCGACCGAUGACGGUCGAAUGCGAGUCACCCUCAACACUGGCGUGACUGUGAUGGGCGACAUCCUUAUAGCUGCUGAUGGAGCCCGAAGCAAGGUGCGCUCUCUGUUGAGACCAAAUGACACCCUCGAUUAUGCUGGCGUGUAUCUCCGGUCGGGCACGGCCAAGUUUCCCAGUCACGAUGACAUCCCCGAGCCUGUGGACCGUGACUGGGGCGGUGUGUUGGGCGCGAAUGGGAUCGGACUUUUUGUCGCGCCUGUAGACGACAAGUCUGUGCUUUGGGCCUUGAGUCGUCUUAGCCCUGUAAUGAAGGAGCCAUUGCGACACCCUAUUCCUCAACAGCGCCUCGACGAAUUGCUCAAAGAAUCAAGGGAAUUGGCAACAAACUUUGCCCCUUUGGUCGAGAAUUUGAUUUCUGCAACGGACCCAAGAACGAUCAUGCAAUUCAAUGCAAUGGAUCGACGUCCAUUCCCAAAUCGGCCGCUCAGGCAUGGAACCGUGAUAUGGAUCGGAGAUGCAAACCAUGCAGUGAGCCCUUUUGCAGGCAACGGUGCCAACAUGGCAAUAAUGGAUGCCUGGGACCUUGCCAACGCACUCAAGAAUGCUUCAACCCUUGACGAGGCAAUCACCGCGUAUGACAAGGUGGCCAUUCCUCGAGCUACCAGGGUUCGGAAGACCUCGCGCUGGACAAUUGAUCUUUUGCAUGCCACAGGGGUCAAGCUGUUGGUUUACAAGGUAGUUCUUCGCCUGCUGGGAUUUCUAACACGGACCGCCCAGAGCCACGGUUGA